UAUCGCGAAACCUCGCUUUUACCCCCAGGCCACCAUCCAUAGCUACAUUCGCCAUCGUUAUAAAUCACAAACCACAUCAGCGCACCGUAUCACAGCAAGCAAACACGCCAUCAUCAUGUCUGCAAAGGCCCCCGAGAUCAUCUACGAAGUCCGCUGGUCCCAAUCCAAAAAUCUGCCUUACUACUUCAACACCCAGACCAACCAAUCCGACUGGUCGGCUCCUCUAGGAUACUCCCAGGCCGAGAUCGACACCUGGCCUGGAGCAAAGGAGUACCUAGGCCAAAAGGUCAACGAUGGCAAGGUCAGAGCGAGUCACUUGUUGAUCAAACAUAGUGGCAGUCGAAGGCCGGCCAGUUGGAAGAACCCGAACAUCACCACCCCCAAGUCCUCGGCCAUCUCCCUCCUCCAGUCCUACGAGGCUCAACUCGUCCAGACGGCUCAGCAGAACCCGGAGAAGCUGGGCGAGGAGUUUGCCAAGCUCGCCGCGAGGGAGAGCGAUUGUGCCAGUCAUGCCAAGGGAGGGGAUCUGGGGUGGUUUGCGAGGGGGAACAUGCAGAAGCCCUUCGAGGACGCCACCUUCGCUCUCGAACCCGGUCAGAUGAGCUCGAUUGUGGAUACCGAUAGCGGCGUGCAUUUAAUCUUGAGGACCGCUUGAGUUGGGGAACGCUCAAGCGAUUAGAAAUCGGCAUUCGAGGGCGAAGGUCCAUCACUCUGGGGCCAAAUCUUUUUCAUCUGGGAAGACCGGCUUUUGUUACGAGCACACACAUACGCACGAAGGAGUGUCGAGAAGAAGCGAUGCCUGUGGCGUCGGAAAUAUAUGACAGUUUAUUACGAUAUCAUUCACGACCUCA